AUGCAGUACAUCGACUUCAAGGAAAUCUUGAAGGAACGGUUCAAAGCAUGCAUCUAUGUUUAUGUGGAGCCUGGAAUAGAGAAAUUAUAUCCGAAUUUGAUCCCAAAUUUCAAAAAUACCUGGAAAAAAAUCGAAAAUCUAGGAACAUACCCUUUUAAUUACAGAUUAGUAUAUAUGGAACCUGAUGUUACUUCAGAUGAAAUGAAAACAACCAUUAAUGAUCUUUCUUUUGUCAUCUCUGACCCAUCUGCUGUUACAGACCCUCCAGAACUGCCAUGGUUUCGUUAUUGGGUUAAACUGUUCUUCGACCGUGAUAAACUUCCGCCAUUUCUCUUCCUUGACAUUCCUGUCUGCAUAAUUUAUUUAAGUACUGUCAACCAAAGAUUACAGAUACAAUUUCCUCAAUGGGCAGCCAAUUACACAACAAACAUCAUGCAAUGCAAUAUAGUUGUCAAUCCUCAAUUACAAAAGUCGAAUACUUUUUAUCAAUGCAAUGACGACACAGCAGGAGCUCUUUACGAUCACAUUCUUAAUAUCACACACUUCAAAGCACCACAGGUACUCAGAGAUAUGAAAGAAUCGAUUACGAAAUAUGUUGAUGAAAAUUGGCAUGGAUUCAGCAAUUCUUUUCGUCGUUUGCUUGGCUUUGGCGGUAAAGUAUCACGCGAGCAACUAAUUAUUACAUUAAAACAACUCGGCGACGUUUGUUUGUCAAUGCAAGAUUUUGAUAGCGCUUCUAAGUACUACCAGCAGCUCUACCAAGAGCUCAUCGAAUCAGAUCCAAAAGUAGAAGACAGUCUCCUCAUUACCAUGGCCGUAACUUCACUUUUAUCCACUGAUGAAUUAAAUUUACGAGAUUUCUUUUUGACACUUUACAAAAACGGGACACCGACCUUCCAGUUCUAUCAGUCCAUGUUUAUCAUGUGUUACUACUGCGCGACACACAACGAUCUCAUGAUUUCUUGGAAGAUUUUAAUGAGAAUUGUAAAAUCGAUCAUUCGCAGCGACAAUCCAUUCAAAGAUGUUGCUUAUCCAUUGCUAUUCGAAGCCGCGUACUUCUCACAGAAGACAAUGAAAGGAAUCAUUGUUCUUUACCGUACUGCAAACUCAUAUAUGAAAAUGAAUUUGAGACAAAACGAAAAAAUCUGUUUAUGGCGGAUUUACCACAAAAUCAAAGGCACCGGCUGGCCAAAUCUCGAAGAAUUCAUUCUAAUGAGAAUAGCUGCAACAGAUGAUGUACCUUUCGAACUCCAGAACGUCCUCCAAAAUAGAAAUAUUAAUUUCAUUAAUGAUCUUGUCACUUUUUUGAAAAAAUUAGAACUCGAACAGUCAGUUCCAAUCGGAUCAUUGAGUGUCCACAACCUAUGUGUACAGCCAACAGGGUUCCCAAUGAGUCCUCCUCCGCUAGGAAUAAGUUCAGAAACAUGGAAUCACUUGAGAAAAAAGUUAUUCCCUGUUGUUGCACAAAGUUCUACGGAUAAGUUCGUUGCUUCCGCUUGGGGAAGUGAUGCUUUGGAGAGUAUAUCAAUAGGUGUUGGUGAAUACGCAAAGAUUUCAUUCGUUUUGCAGCCAAAUAAUAAAAAUUCUUGCAACGCUUCAAACCUGUCACUUUUGGUCGAAGGUGAUGCCAGUGCGGAAAGUGAAAUAAUUGAAAAUGUUGAUAUACAAAAAUCAACAUCUAUAAAAAUGAAAUUAAAACCAACAAAAAGUGGAGUUAUCAUUGUAAGAGGUGUCACGUUUUUGUGGAAUGGCGUGGCCCCUGUUUUUGCUGCUUUUAACGAGCCCCUGAAGUUCGACAGCAUCAAAGAACCGCCGCUCGUGGAGAUAUCAUCGUCAGCAAGCAGGAAAGAUACCUUCCCGAACCAUCCUGUCUUUAUUAAAUUAAAGACCAUCACAAAAGUCGGUCGCCUUACAAGCUUGCAUGUCGUUACGCAUUCAUCAAGCGAUAUUGAGAUGAUUGAACCUCAAGAGAUGAAAGGAAACAGAUACUCUUUAGAUUCUCAAGCUCCUGAAACAGAAUCUGAAUACAAAGUAUGUGUAAAUGCAGUAGGAAAGUUCACCGUUGACUUCCUUGUAUCUUACACUUCCGAAAACCACGUUGUAAGGUUCGCACACUGCAAACAAGAAAUAAUUUGCAAUGAAUUCCCACCAUUAAAGGCUAUUUCAGGAAAUGACACAAUAUUACUUCGAAGCGAUGUCAAGAUCGAAGAAAUGCACUCAAAUGCCUUCGAAUUACAAAGAUCAGGAGAUAUCGUCAAGAUAUUAAAUCCAAAAUCGAUUGAAAAGAAGGCACACUCUGAACUAGCAGUUAAGAGAACUAUAUCUGGUAUCGAAACGAACAACAGCGUUAAAAUUCCAGAUUUAUUUGCAAGAUUUUAUGUUCAUAGCGAAAUUUCAACGCAAGUUUAUCCAUUUUACGUUGAUAUGACAUUAGAAAUCGUAUCUCCACAUAAUACAACUCAUAAUGUUCAUUUGAAACAACCAAAUGAAAGAAAUUUCUUUUUCAUCGGGAAAACUCACUUUUCUUUCGAUGGAAUGUCUAAUAAAGUUGAUCUCAAGAUACUUGUGAUAAGGCCAUUCACUGCAGAUAUCGGAGAACUCCUUAAUGUUGAUGGAAUUUCUCGAUUCCACAAAAUCUUAUCUGUUAAGUGA